AUGAAUUACCACACAAUGGUUAUGGAUGCCGUUGGUCCUGAAUUUCAUCCAAAUUCUCAAGAAGAACCUCCAAAUCCUGAUUCAAAGAGAUUUUACGACAUGCUAAAUGCUGUUGACAAAGAGUUAUGGCCCGGUUGCACAACACACUCGCAAUUAUCAUUUGUUGCCCGAGCGAUGCACAUGAAAGCCGAGCAUCACAUGUCUGAACGAAACUAUGAUGACAUGAUGCAACUUGUGAGUGAAGUUCUCCCUUAUGAUAAUACAGUACCCGAGAAUUUCUACAAAACCAAGAAGUUGUUGCGGGGAAUGGGUUUACCGGUUGAAAAAAUUGAUUGUUGCAAUAAUGGUUGUAUGUUGUAUUGGGAGGAUGAUGCGGAUGCUACGAGCUGUAAAUUUUGUGGUCACGGUCGAUUCCAGAGGUCGGGUGGAGGGAAAAACGUGGCAUACAAAAAGAUGUAUUAUUUCCCGCUAGCAGACAGACUAAAAAGGUUGUAUGCCUCCAAUGCUACGGCCAAAGAAAUGAGGAAACCGCCACGUAAUGAUGCCGGUUGUUCUCAGAAGAAUGAACUCGAAGGAAGUCUUUCAAUAUUCAAGUGUCAAGGGCGAUUUCUCGGAAGGGCAAAAGCAAGAUACUUGAUAGAAGAUGAAUACAAUGCUGCCCGUAGUUACAUCUUACUCAAUUGCGUCGAAAUUGAACCAUAUAUUAGUAUAUUUGUUGAUUUACUGAGGAGACAAAGAAGAAACAUCUCCAGAGAAGUAAUUGAUCAGAAACUUGAAACCGAAUUUCCUGAUUGGUUCGAGAAAUAUGUACACGAUCAAUCGAAUGGAAUAACUAAUGAAUAUAUUCAAGACCUUGCUAAAGGGCCAUUGAGAAAAGUAAAAUCGUAUUCUGGUUACAUGGUCAAUGGUUUUAAAUUUCACACUCUUAGUUGUGGGUCUUCCAAAAGCACCAUGAAUAGUGGGGUCUGUAUUAAAGGAUCAAAUUUCAGCGUUGAGAAUGAUUUUUAUGGACGAUUAGUCGAUGUGGUUGAGGUUGGAUAUGAUGGGUUCCACACGAACACAACAGUUUUAUUCAAAUGUGAAUGGUUUGACCCCACAGCUCGCGGAAUGAAUAUUCAUAACAGCUACAAGCUUGUGGAUAUCAAUCAUAAACGCCGUUUUAAUAGGUAUGAGCCUUUUAUGUUGGGGAUGCAGGCAAAACAAGUGUUCUUUUGUGAAUAUCCGGGUGCAGGUCGUGAUAAACGAGACUGGUGGGCUGUGUGCAAUGUUAAAGCAAGGGCUUUUGUGGAAGUUCUAUUGUCAGAUGAUAAUAAUGCCGAGAUACAAGUGAUGCCACCCUAUCAAGAAGAUGAGAGAAGUAUCCAUCAUAUAGGACAGAUGGAUGUGGAUGAACCUGGACCACUUAAUGAUUUGGAUGGUGUUUUUAUAGAGGUAGAUGAUGAGGUUGUCGAAGAAGAAGAUGAACUUAUAGUUGAAUCUGAAAUGGAAGACGACUUUGUAUCGAAUCUAAAUGAAGAUUUAUAUGAUUCUGGAAGUGAUUAG